CGUGUGUCGUGGGGUAGUACUUCAGACCCGGGUUGCUUCUGCGCGCUACCCUAACACGAUGAACAGAGUGGAGGAGGACACGCACUGGCUAAAGUUUGGUUUCAUUCUGAUGGUGUUGCUGUUGGAUGACGUCAGAGCUGACCCGGAUCCUUGUAAGGUGCUGUCUUGCAGGGAGGGGACUGUUUGUAAACUUGUGGAAGUAUGCGCACCACUGUGCGCAGUUGUUCCAGUCUGUACGACUCCAGCUCCAGCAAGGACCAGCAACCCAUGUGCCGAAGGCAGUCCCCUGAUCACUACAUUCGGCCAGGACAAGGUUUGCACGGAGGGGGUUGCUGGCUGCCCCGGGGGACUGGGGUGUGUUGGAGAGUCUGUCGGCAGCCAGGGGCGGUGCUGCCCCACCGGUGGACUACAGUCAGUCAGCACUAGGAAGCCCGGUUCAUGUCCUGCGUCAACUGGGAACGGCAUCUGUUUCAACUUCUGCGGCCGAGACAUCGACUGUGUAGACGGUCAGAAGUGCUGCUUCAAUGGUUGUGGCCACGCAUGUGUCGACCCUCAACGUGAAACGUCACAAGUACAAGCUCCUCACAGCAACAUGGCACCCUUGACGUCAAACCCCUCGUCAUCGCCUGCCACUCCUGGGACCUGUCCUACAGUGAAGACGUUUGGCGCUUGUGUCCGAAUGUGUCGGUCUGACAGCGAGUGUUCUAAUGGCACAAAGUGUUGCAGUAACGGGUGCGGUUGGACUUGUCAGUCCCCACUUCUCCCACCAAAGCCAGGCACGUGCCCGCGAGACUACAACAACGAACCCUGCUUCUCACGCGACCAAUGUCAGCACGACUCCAGCUGUACCGGAAGUUGGAAGUGUUGCACGACAAACUGCGGGAGACAGUGUCGAGAGCCCAACAGCACCCCAGCCCCCCGCCCUGGAGUGUGUCCCGCCAUCAACAGAGGUCCAGCUUUCGCCGUUAGCUGCAGUGUCCGCUUUGAUCUGUGUCUGGUGGACGUGCAGUGUCCAGGGACGAUGAAGUGUUGUGAGUCUGCUUGUGGCAGGAAGUGCCAGACUGCCCUGCCCCACGUGGCGGGCGGUAAGCGUGGCCAGUGUCCUGCCCCUGAGGACAACCCGAGUGGGUACGGGGCCACCCUGUGUGUCAGCUUCUGUUCCGUGGAUUCGGACUGCCCCGUGACCCAGAAGUGUUGUCUGAGGAGCGACGCUUGCAGCCACAUCUGCACCAAGCCCAUCGCCUGA